UUAUCGAUCGAUGAGCUACCAACAACACAGAUCGAUCUACUGCAGUAAUAGCUAGGCAGCACGUACCCAUGGCUAAUCCGCCGAGAAGUAACACGAACACAGACCCUGCCAGGCGGUUGAGACUGAUCAAAUGCAUUGGCAUCGUCAUCCUCGCCUUCAUCGUCCUUGUCGGCAUUGCGGUGCUGGCAGCUUGGCUGGUCAUAAGGCCUAGACGACUCGUCUAUACCAUAGAAGAUGGGUCAGUUCAUGAAUAUGGUCUCCAUUAUAAACACCUCAACGCCUCCUUCAACUUUGUGUUUAGGGCUUACAAUCCCAACCACAAGGUGUCUGUGUACUACGACUUCAUGCAGGUGUCUGUGUUUUAUGACGAUGAGCCCAUUGCGUUUGAUAUCGUGGAGCCCUUCUACCAACCCCGUCAUAACGUCACCCGUUUAGAGGUCAAGCCCGUAGCCCGUUCAGCGCCAUUGCUGGAGUCUGCAACGAAGGAUCUGAGACUGGAGAGAACCGCCGGGGAGAUGGAGCUAACUGUUAAGGUGAAGGCCAGGAUUCGUAUAAAGGUGGGUUCGUGGAAGUCGUCGGAACGCAUCUUAAGGGUGACUUGCUACCCGGUGGACGUGCAUUUCUCAUCCACCAAAUCCUUCGUGAGGACCAAAUGCGUUUCACAUGUUUGAGCUUAAUUUGAAGCAGUUUGAAGUGCCUCUCAUUGUUUGGAUUGUCUGCUUAAAAUCUUGAGUUAGUUUGGGAUCUCAUUGUAUGUUGGUCAAAACUUGUUUGUUUCUUUGUGGGUUUCUCCUUCUAGCAUGAUAGGAUUUGAGAUUUUAAAAUUUAAUAGAGUUGAUCUGUAUCAGUAUUGGUAUCA